UCGACAUGUAGUUCUAGUUUAGGUUUAAAUACUGUAGGGAUAUUAAAAGAUUAAAUGUUUAACUUAUAUUUGCUAAUUUAUGAAAAAACAUAAAAUUCAUAUAUAAACUUUUAACUUGUGUGAAAAGUUAUGGAAGUGUUGCUAAGUGACGAUUAUUUUAUUCUUGUUGAUGGAGAGCACACAUUAUGGUGCAGUAGAAUUGACGGAAAACUUACUCCAAAAUCGAGGCAAGCAUGCAAUCAAGAAAUGUUGAAACAGGCAGCUUGCAUUGGAGUUAUUUAUGGAAUUGUUGGGAAAUUUCAAGCUUAUUCUGAUUCAAGCAAAAGGUUAGUGGUAAUUCACCAGAAGGCACUAGUGGGCUGUCUUCAUGGGAACAGCAAUGUCUAUAAGAUCCAGAAAGUUGCAUUGUUGCCUUUAAAUAAGCAAGAUUCUCCAGACAUUGACAUAGAGCCUUGUAAGAAGCAUCAUGCAAAUGUCCUAACACCAGAAAGGCAAAGUAUAACUCCAGACAUUCCCACCCUUGGUUUUCAGAGGACAUGGAACACUAUUAAGACAGCCACAGCCCAAGUGAAACCUAGAAUAAGAGAAACUAAAGACAAAUUGGAGAAAAGAAUACUAACAGAACUUUUGAAGAUCUUUAAUGAGACUGAUUCCUUCUACUAUUCUGUGACUUGGGAUCUUAGCAAUAGCCUUCAACGUCAGAACUUUCAGAAUACUACUCCUUGCCUCGAAGGAAUUCCUCUCUGGAGACGAGUUGAUGAUCGUUUUUUCUGGAAUAAAAACAUGCUUAAUGAUCUGAUAGAUUUAUGGGAUGUACAAGCUGACCACUGGAUACUCCCAGUGAUUCAAGGAUAUGUUCAGAUCCAGAAGUGUACUAUGAGCAUGUUUGAUGAAGAAAAUUCUAUACCUUCAGUUGUCAGUGGCCCACUCAAUACGUCAUCUGCUCUAGAACUGAGGAAACAACAGAAUAAGGAAUACAAUAUUAUUCUUAUUUCUCGAAGAAGUCGAUAUCGAGCAGGAACAAGAUACAAAAGACGAGGAGUUGAUGAAACUGGACAUUGUGCAAAUUAUGUUGAAACGGAACAAAUUUUUGAAUUUCAGUCACACAUAGUGUCAUUUGUACAAGUAAGAGGUUCUGUUCCAGUUUACUGGAGUCAACCAGGUAACAAGUACCGCCCUCCUCCAAGGUUAGAGAAAGGUGAGUUCAAAACAUACUUAGCUCACACUACAGCUAUUACUCGACUGUUAGGGUUUAUUUUCCUUUGCCCACCUAAGCAUUGUUUCCUGGGAUUUAUCCCUGGUUACCUUGAUGGGGUGGGUAUGAAAAUUGAAUAUUGCCUAUUCUGGGCUCUCUUUGUUGGUGAGGAGACUUCUGCAAGUCACUUCUCAUCAGAUUCAUCACAAUUCUAUGUCGUUCAUCUUAAUACCUGCCAUGUACAGGGCAUUAUCAACCUGAUUGCAGACAUCCUCUCUCAGAUUGACUGUGUUCUGCCCAUGGAAUGGUGUCUUCACUCCAAGUUUCAUAAGUUUAUCAGACUUGGCUUGCUUCCACCAGAGGGAGUUUUACCUGCAGGAUGUCGUCGUGUGUUUCAGAUGAUGUGGGCUAACAAUGGAGAUGUUCUCAGUCGUCAGUAUGCAGGAACUGUGGCUCUUAAGGGAGAUUUUACCCGCACUGGGGAACGCUGCUUCACAGGAGUAAUGAAAGAUGGAUACAAUUCUGCUAGCAGGUAUUAUAUGAAUCAAUUUAAAGAUGCCUACCGUCAAGCAACUUUUGACCUGAUGUUGGGUAAUCAGAUGGAGGAGAACAUUAUGACUCUUACCAAAGAGCAGGAACAUCCAGUAGCAGCCAGUGAGUUUCCUGAACAGGACCACUAUGAGCAUGUCAAGCAGUUAAUAGAAGACUGUAAGAAGAUACUUAUCCCAGAAACAGAAAUCAUCCUAGGUGGUUGGGCACUGAUUGAUGCUGACUCUGUGAGUGGUGACCCAUCUGAACAGGAUAUGGACAUUGUUUUAAUUCUUACGAAAGACUCAUAUUUUGUUGCUGAGUAUGAUAAUCAGCUUGACAGAAUUAUGAAGUAUCAGCAAGUGCUGUUAGAAGAUCUUGAAAAUAUUGAGUUUGGCCCCGAACCAUCAAUUUUCAAGUCUAGACACUACUGUAUACGGUUCUGCUACUCUGUUUCUGGUCAGUCAGGCUAUUUUCACAUGUUUCGUAUGCCAAAAACUUGUUUUUUCAAUAACAUGGCUGUACCUAUCAGGAGUGAUGAAGAUGCUAUUGAAUCACUGAGGGCUAUUUGUGAGGCUUUCAGAGUAGCAUUGAGUAUGAAAGGAUUAAAUGUCCCCUUCUUUGAAGGAAAGCUUGAAAGGAAAAAAAGCAAGUUGCCAUUUUUCCAGGCUUCUGGUAAAGGUCAUCCUCAAAACGAAGUAGAUGAAGGUCAACUAAUGAAUUUUCUUAAUGUUGGUUCAAGAGUCUUAAGUAGUAUGACCUCACAGCUUGCCAAGUUAAAUCCCAUCAAGACUGUGAGAGGCUUUGGGAAACAUACAGAAAAUAUAGGUCAGCCAUCACUUUCUACUGAAGCACCAACAUUGCAAAAACAGCAUCCUUUAAUCCAAGUCGAUAAUUCAGAGGAUGACUCGGAAUAUGAUCAUGUUAUUCAUUCCAAGAAGCAGAGUAUUAGUGGACCCAUCAGUGAAUAUUUCCUUAGUUUAGAAUUCUCUGAAUCUAGUGACCGACAUGAGAAGAGGACUCAAGAUACUCUUCUAAAGAGUUGUGGUAUCCUGGCUACUGGUCCAUCUUUGUGCUAUCAAGAAAGUGUUGAAUUUGUAGAUGUUGAACAAAAAUGGAGUAAACAUUGUCAUCGUCUGGAUAUGGAUGAUUUUGUUUUGGAUGCUAUGAGGAAAGCAUCUGUGAGGCAUCUGCAACAAAGAUCUUUGCAAGAUACAUUAAAGAACAGCUCCAGUUUGACACUGGAUGCUCCAGACCUAAUGGCUGCCACUAAUUCACCGGCUUCUUUGUCUCCUCAGAUCCAGAUUAACACUGAUUCUGGAGCUGGAUUCAUAAUGCAAAUGGAUAACUUACCAGUUCUUCUUACGAAGCCUGACCAUGGUAGAAAAUUAUCUCGAUCAUCUGAAGAAAUUGAUAUCAAGAAGGUCAUUGUUUCCUCCACUUCAGACAAAGUGACACAUCUUUUGAUUCAGCCAGAAGUAAUUUUAAAUCCAGAUAGUCUGUCUGGCAAAAUUAAGACAUCACACAGUGAGAGUGCAAUCCAGGACUUUCCUCUCUUGCCACUCACUUUGCCUAAUCCAUUAGUGUCACCCAUUGUAAUCAAGAAAGAUGAUGUUCUUUCACCUUUAUUAAAAGUUGCUAAAGGAGUGCAGAGCUUUGGAAUGAAUCUUCGGCCAGGGAGUCGAAGUCACAGUCAACAAGCCUCAAUGGAUCCAGAAGAAUUUGAAAAACUGCAAGAGCAGAAAAGAAAAUGCCAGAGUCGUAUAAUAGAACUGUAAUACUAAUUUUGUACCACUUUGAUUAUUAUAGAUAUAAGCUUUCAGUGAUUAUCUAAAGUGUCUAAUAGUUCUCUUACUGUGGUUAAUGUCUUAUCACCCACAACUACAGUAAUUUAUACUUAGGAGAGGUUAGAGAUAAGAGGUUUUAUUUUGGGGGAACAAAUGACAUGUUUCAACAGAACAUUGAUCUGUCUUUUUUAGGUAUGAAGAUCAUUGUUCUGUCAAAAUAUGUAGUAUGUUUCCCAAAAUAAAACUAUUUCAUAAUACUUAUAAAUCAUUGUCUGUCAACUUACUUUUAACACUACAUGUUACAGAAUUAUUUGUUUCAUAGAUUUAUUUAGCAUAGGCAGGUGUAAACAUUCUUUUUAGUGGCUAAUAUUUAUUCUUGUACAGUAGUAAUUGUUUAUAGUCUCUGACACUUCACAUUAUCAGCCUCGCAUAAUCCAAAGGUUUCCAGAUGUUCCUGAACAUUUAUAGAGACAAUUCAAACCUCUAAUCCAGGGAUACAAGAAGUCUUUAAACAUAAAAUAAAGAUAAUUGUAGUCUCUUAUCCAUAUGUUUCUAGAGUUUUUAAACAUGUAGUAUAGAGGUAAUCUAAGUUUCUAAUCCAGAGGUUUCAAGAAGUUCCUGAAUAUGCAAUAGAGAUAAUCCAAGCCUCUAACCCUGAGGUAUGCAGGUUUCCAGCAGUUGCUGAACAUUUAAUAAACAAAGAGUUGAGCCUCUUAUUCUCAGACUUAUAGAACUUGCAUAAUGGUUAAUAAGAGUAACCCAUUAAUUACUUCUUAUUUUUUGGGAGUUAAAUAAUCCUAGAAAUUUACCUACAAUGCUUUCUGACAUGUAGCCAUACACCCUGUAUAAAUUGAAUAGGGUUAUAUUAGCUAUUGUGCUUUUGUAAGACAUAUAAACACAUUCCUGUUCUCUGAAUCUUGUGCUUAGAAAACAGUUUUAAAGCACAUGUAGUAGGAGCAUAAUAUUUGUAUGUAUUUGUUUAAUCUACUCUUAAUGUACUAGAAGUUGUAAUAUGUUAACAUAUGAAAACUACCUUGGCCUAGACCCUUAUUCCAGAUUAAUUAUUGUAAAUUGCAAGUAAAAGUAGCUGUAUAAUUUUAGGUUCUUUUUCAUGUUUUUAAAAAGGAAAAAUCAAAUAGUAUAGUUUCUAAAUAUAUUAGAAUUUGCUUUUGAAGUAGUUUUCCUGUCAGACUUAAACAUCACACGGGACUGAAAAAUAUUCAUUGUUUUUGCUUGAAACUUCAUUCAUAUGUAAAAUCAAUUUAGUUCCACAAAAAAAAUUAAAACUCCAGAUAUCUUACAACAACUUGUAAUUAGGUUUAAAGUAUUGCUAUUUCCACUUUUAGGACACAAAAAAAAAUAACUUUAAACUGACAUAGCAUGGUCGUCAUUACUCAGUAAAAGGUCAAUAUUAACAUAGUAGAUUCAGUAAAAGGCACUAUUGUGACAUGGUCAUGACAAAUCAAUGGUUAGUUAUGAUUCAAGUCAUUAUAAUUAAUUCACUCUAUGGAGAUGGGCUUGGACAAUUCGACCAACUGUGCAUUAUAUAACUGCGAAUGUACUAAAUGUAUCUCCAUGAAAUUUGGCAAGCUUUGAGUGAACAUUACAAGUAUAUUGUACACGAAAAAAACGGGUUUUUUAAUAAAGUAUUUUUACUGAAGAUUUGUCUGUGAACGUACAAAGCCUUUAUUGCAUUAAUCUGAGUGAAAGUUGAUUUUUGUGCACAGAAUAAAAAUACUUUGUGUCA